UGUUUUGUAUCGCAACAUUAUUAUGAAACAAAUGACAACCAUCUUGCUCCUGGCGCUUGUGUCGUCAUGCGUGGCGAGAGAUCUGGUCAUCGGCAGCAGCUACGGAGCGCACCUGGCCUGGCGGACCAAAGUCAACGCCAUGGCGUUUCCGUUUAAAAAAAGAGUGCGAGAAGUGUUUUAUUGGAACCCUGAACAAAUACCUAUUCGAGGAAUAAUAGCGAGAGACUUGGACCGAACGACGGGCGCGGUGGAGAGCAUCACGGCCGGUGGGACAGGCCUCCCCUACGUCAAUGUCCGCCUGAAAAGCGCCCGAGGAAAAGGGCUCAAUUAUCAGGUUGAAAUUUAUGUUUGAAGUAUGUAGGAUAUCAUUUAUUUUGUGCCUGGGCAAGGAAGUAAGAAGUUA